AUGGCAGACCCAAAGAACUGCCUGCCACUAACCCGCGCCUCCGUGGUGGCCGCCCACGACCUGGUGCGGCCGCACAUCCACCGCACGCCCGUGCUGACCAACUCGACGCUGUCGAAGCUGGCGUCGACGCCGGCGCAGCAGGAGGACCAGGAGACAGACGGGGAGGGGCAGGGGAAGGCGCGCCCUGUCACCAGGCUGUGGUUCAAGUGCGAGAACCUGCAGCGCGUCGGCGCGUUCAAGGUGCGCGGGGCGUUCCACGCCGUCGAGAGGCUCAAGGCCGACGAGGGCUGGGUCGCUGGUGGGGGGUUGGGGAGGGGGGUUGUCACGCAUAGUAGUGGCAACCACGCCCAGGCCCUCGCCCUCGCAGCCCGCGAGUCCGGCAUCCCCGCGCACAUCAUCAUGCCCGAGAUCUCGGCGCCGGGCAAGAUCGCCGCGACGAAGGGCUACGGCGCCAACGUCAUCUUCAGCGGGUCGACGUCGGUCGAGCGCGAGGCCGUCGCCGCCCGCGUCAUGGCCGAGACGGGCGCCACGCUCGUGCCCCCCUACGACCACCCGGACAUCAUCCUCGGACAGGGCACGCUGGGGCUCGAGUUCCAGGAGCAGGUGAAGCAGCUGAUGGAGGCUGGGGCAGACGGCGCCGAUGGAGAGGCCACGAACGGGGAAAAGAAGGGCCUCGACGCCAUCAUCACGCCCUGCGGCGGCGGCGGCAUGCUCUCCGGCGUGGCGCUGUCGUGCGAGGGCACGGGGAUCUGGGUCUUCGGGUCCGAGCCGUCGUUCCAGGGCGCCGACGACUGCCGGCGCGGGCUGGAGGCGGGCAAGCGCGUCGAGAGCGUGUCGACGCUGACGGUCGCCGAUGGCCUGCGCACGCCCGUCGGCGCGCUGCCGUGGGGCGUCAUCCACGACCGGAAGCUGGUGCGCGGCGUCUACGCUGUCUCCGAGGAGCAAAUCACGGCCGCGCUGCGGCUUGUCCUCGAGCGCAUGAAGGUCGUUGUUGAGCCUAGCGCUGCGGUCCCGCUUGCUGUUGUGCUGUAUAAUGAGGAGUUCCGCGCGUUGGUUGAGCGUGAGGCUGGGCCAGAGGGGUGGGAUAUUGGAGUUGUGUUUAGUGGGGGCAAUGUUGGGCUGGAUAAUCUGGGGAGGUUGUUUGCUUCCUGA